AUGGUUGGUAGAUCGAGAUACCAGGCUUUCAGCAUUGUGAAAGAUAGGGUAUGGAAGAAGUUGAGUAAUUGGAAGAAUCAGUUUCUAUCACCUUCAGGAAAAGAAGUAUUAAUCAAGGCAGUCAUUCAAGCAAUUCCAGCCUAUUAUAUGAGUGUGUUCAAGUUGCCAAAAAAGCUGAGUGAUGAGAUAGCUUCUUUAAUGGCAAAAUUCUGGUGGGGAUUUAAGCAAAGGGAGAACAGAAUCCAGUGGAGAAGUUGGGCAAAGAUGGGAUGGUCUAAAAAUGAUGGGGGACUAGGUUUCAGGGAGCUUGAAGCAUUUAAUCAAGCUCUUCUUGCAAAACAAUGUUGGAGAGUAAUGAUGAAACCCCAUUCUAUGGCAGUUGUGAUGCUUAAAGAGAAAUAUUUCAGACAUACUGAUUUGUUGCAUGCUCCCUUAGGAUUCAGACCCUCAGUUAUUUGGAGAAGCCUAUGGAAUGCAAGGGAUUUGUUGAGGGAGGGAUUGGUUUGGAGAGUGGGAGAUGGAAGGAGUAUUAAGAUAUGGAAGGAUAAAUGGGUUCCAAGGGCUAUUACAUUUAAAAUUCAAUCCUCCAUCAGUAUUUUGCAUGCUGAGGCAAAGGUGGAGCAACUAAUUUCAGUAGAGAAAAAAGAAUGGAAUGUGGAGCUAGUGAAAGAAGUGAUGAAUGAAGAGGAAGCAGAAAUAAUAAGCAAAUUACCUAUUAGUCUCUCGGGGUUACCAGACAAGCAGAUAUGGGCAUAUUCAAAAAAUGCCUUGUACACAGUUAGAAGUGCAUAUCAUGUGGAAAUCAAUAGAAGAAGAAGGGAGAGAGGGGAGAUGUCUAACAAGUCAGGGGAGGUGUGGAGGAAGGUGUGGUUAUUAAACAUACCAAGGGUAGUCAAAGUUUUUGUUUGGAAGACUAUGUUGAACUGUCUGCCAACAAAGAUGAAUCUAAUGAAGAGGUCUGUUGUGAAGGAAGCUACCUGUCCAGUUUGCAUGAAUGAAAAUGAAACUGUCUGUCAUGCCUUAUGGAGUUGCAGGGGGCAAGGGAUGUAUGGGCUUGUGAGAGGAGUCCAAUGCAUAAAUGGUAGAGUGGGGAGAGGGAUAUGUUUGAGCUCUGGUCAGACUGAUUUUCAGUUGGCUCAAGUGAAGCAGACCAGUAAAGCAAACAGUGGUGUUCCUAUAAGCAAUAAGGCUACUCAUUGGAAACCACCUAUGGGUGAAAUAUUGAAGGUUAAUUGGGAUGCAACAUGGAAAGCCAAGGAGGAUAGAAGUGGAAUUGGGGUGGUGAUCCGAGAUAGUAGUGGGGAAAUAGUUGCUUCUCUCUGCUGUCCUAGAACAAAGGUGCAAGAUGCAAUGGUAGCUGAGGUGUAUGCACUAUGGAGGGCCAUGAAAUUGUGUGUUGAACUAAAUUUCAAAAAGGUUCAAUUUGAAGGUGAUGCUUUAUCUGUUGUGAAGGCUGUGAAUAGCUCUGAGGAGUGUUGGGAGAGGCAUGGACAGGUAGUUGAAGAUCUUAAAGAUGCUUUGAGGAAGAGGAUAGGCUGGGCUGUGGUGCAUGUAGAUAGAUGUUGUAAUAAUGUGGCACAUAGUCUUGCUAAAAUUGCAUUAAGUAUACAAGAGGAGAGGGUGUGGAUGGAAGAUUAUCCAAAAGAGAUUCUUAAGUGUGAAGAAGCAGCCUCAGUGAAUAUGGAAACUAGGAUGGUAGCUAUGGAACAACUUGUUGAAAAACUCACCAACGAGAUGAAUGUUCUUUGCGAGAAAAGCCAAGCCCUCAAGGACGACAAUCAAGAUUCGGCACACCACGGAGAUCCGAGUGCCAACGAGCACCAGGAGUCUCGGCAAGAAGAAGGAGGUGACAACGACCAAGAGGAAAGGAAGCACAUGCAAGAUGAGCUCUACAACCUCAGAGGAAAGUAUGAAGAAAUUAUAAGGAGGAUGGGAAGCUCAUCGAUAGUAGAUCAACUACUCGUCAGAAUGGGCUUACCAUAUAGUGCCAAGGGAAGUGGCCUGCAGGGCCUUCCUGUUGACGUUGAGAGGACCAGUGAUAGGUGCAAAACUGCAAGUGCACAAUGUAGCCCGGAUCCUAUUGGCCCAAAUGCUGCUCAAAGGCUUAUCAGGUGA